AGCCCCAUGGUUAGUUGUUUCUACUCUACGGUGUGUCGCUAGUUAUUUGGGGGGAGGCGCUGUAGCCAUUUCGCCACUUUAAAGAGAGGAGAACCAACAUCCGAGUUUUGUGGAAAAGAAAUUAACCUAAAGCACUGUGCUCAGAUCUACUACCCCCACCGCUGCGAAUGAGCAGGACCGAACGCAAACUUCGAACUCUCCAUGCACAGCACGCGGAGAUUACAAACCAGGACCGUAUAACGGGCACUUGAGGCUUUUUGCUUUUCCCGUUUUUUUUCUCCUUUGCGUGUAUGUGGAUGUUGAGCGAACAGUUCUAUGAGAAUCUUGCAUGCUCUGCGGCGAGAAGAGAACUUUGGUUGUUUUCCUAGUCUGAGGAGGGAGACGCGAGAGGCUCCGGGGAAAAGUGGGGGAAGAUGGUUUGGAACGCUGCUAUGAGAAGAGGCUUGAUGUGCGUUCUGGCGCUCUGGCUUGGUUUCUCAUCUGCCCCGUGCAAAGCUCGGAUUUACAACAACCAUUGGGCUGUACGGAUAAACGGGGGACCCGACGUCGCUGAUCGGAUAGCGGGCAAAUAUGGUUAUAAGAAUAUGGGACAGAUUGGUGACCUGAAGGACCACUAUCACUUCUUUCACAGCAGGACAAUCAAAAGGUCUACGCUCUCCAGUCGUGGUGGCCACAGCUUCAUCUCCAUGGAGCCCAAGGUGGAGUGGAUUCAGCAGCAGGUGGUUAAAAGGCGGAUCAAGAGGGAUUACAAGGCAGCCCCUCCCCCACUCUCCAGCCCCUCCCAGACCAGCCCUGCCCAGUCCAUCUUCUUCAAUGAUGCCAAGUGGACUAGUAUGUGGUACAUACACUGUAAUGAUGACAUCCAUAACUGCCAGUCGGACAUGAACAUAGUGGGGGCAUGGAAAAGAGGUUACACAGGGAAAGAUGUGGUGGUCACCAUCCUAGAUGACGGAAUCGAGAGAAACCACCCCGACCUCGUUCAGAACUAUGACAACCUGGCCAGUUAUGAUGUCAACGGCAACGACAUGGACCCCAUGCCCCGUUACGAUGCCAGUAAUGAGAACAAACAUGGAACACGCUGCGCUGGGGAAGUGGCUGCAUCUGCUAACAACUCCCAUUGCACUGUGGGAAUUGCCUACAACGCCCGGAUAGGAGGGGUGCGAAUGCUGGACGGUGAUGUGACGGACAUGGUGGAGGCCAAGUCUCUGAGUCUGCAGCCGCAGCACAUCGACAUCUACAGCGCCAGCUGGGGCCCCGACGACGAUGGGAAGACGGUGGACGGCCCCGCCACUCUGGCCCGACAGGCCUUCGAGAAUGGCAUCCGCAUGGGAAGGAAGGGGCGCGGCUCCAUCUUUGUGUGGGCGUCGGGGAAUGGAGGGCGAAGCCGGGACCACUGCUCCUGUGACGGCUAUACCAACAGCAUCUAUACCAUCUCCAUCUCCAGCACGGCUGAGAGCGGACGCAAGCCCUGGUACCUAGAGGAGUGCUCCUCCACUCUCACUACCACCUACAGCAGCGGAGAGAACUAUGACCGCAAGAUAAUCACCACAGAUCUCCGUCAGCGCUGCACCGACAGCCACACAGGGACGUCGGCGUCCGCUCCCAUGGCAGCUGGGAUCAUUGCCCUGGCCCUGGAGGCUAACCCUCUGUUGUCAUGGAGGGAUGUUCAGCACAUUAUCGUCAAGACGUCCCGAGCCGGCCACCUCAACGCCCCUGACUGGAAGAGCAAUGCUGCUGGAUAUAAUGUCAGCCACCUGUAUGGCUUUGGCCUGAUGGAUGCUGAGGCUAUGGUGAAGGAGGCAGAGCAAUGGAAGCAGGUUCCUGCCCAGCACAUCUGUGUGGAGAGUGCUGACCGCCAGAUCAGGACCAUCCGUCCGGAGCACGUGGUGCGCUCCGUGUACAAGGCAACCGGCUGCCUUGACAACCCCAACCACCACGUCAUCUACCUGGAGCACGUGGUUGUACGCAUCACUAUCACACACCCGCGGCGUGGCGACCUGUCCAUCAACCUCACGUCCCCCUCGGGAACCAAGUCCCAGCUGCUUGCAAACAGGUUAUUUGAUCACUCCAUGGAGGGCUUUAAGAACUGGGAGUUCAUGACCACUCACUGCUGGGGGGAGAAGGCAGCAGGGGACUGGAUCCUGGAGAUCCAUGACUCUCCCUCGCAGCUCCGCAGCCAGAAAGUCCCAGGCAAAUUAAAGGAGUGGUCCCUGGUGCUUUAUGGCACCUCUGUGCACCCAUACUCCUCCCUGCGCAGUGACAAGCCCCGCUCUGUUGAGCCCCCUGUAGAUGAGGAGUUCACAGAGGAGUACAAUGGGAACUGUGACAGCGAGUGCAACGAGAACGGCUGUGAAGGCCCGGGACCUCACCAGUGCAUAAACUGCCUUCACUACUUCCUGAAGUUCAAGAACAACACCAGGACGUGUGUGUCAGACUGCCCCUCCGGUUUUUUCCGUGACGACAGGAAACGUUGUAAGAAGUGUUCGUCUCUUUGUGAGACUUGUGUUGGCAGCCGUAGUGACCAGUGCUCCACCUGCAGGGCUGGGUUCCAUCUCAAUGAGGACACCAACACCUGUGUGGCCGGCUGUGUGGACGGCUUCUAUCUGGACCAUGAUUCCAAUAUGUGUCGGAGAUGUAGUGAGAACUGCAAGAAGUGCACAGCGUCUAAUAUCUGCUCAGAAUGCCUGCCAGGGAUGAGUCUCCAGGGCAACAAAUGUCAAAUGACCUGUAACCCGGGGACCUACUAUAACGGCCAUCGGCGGGCCUGUGAGCUGUGUCACCGAGCAUGUGCCACCUGUGCAGGCACGGGGAUGGAGGCGUGCAACCAGUGUGCGGAGGGCUACUUCAUGGAGGAGUGGCGCUGCGUGUCCACGUGCAGCGUCGGGUACUUCCUGGCCGAGCAGGCGUCGGAGAACGGCGACGUCACCAAGUCCUGCAGGAAGUGUGACCAGAGCUGCUAUGCCUGUGUCGGGCCCGGCGAGAGCAACUGCAGCACCUGUGUGAGUGGCUACAACCUGGAGGCGGGAGUGUGUGUGGUCAGCACCAUCUGCAAAGAUGCAAAUGAAGAAUCUUGGGCGGAAGGCAGUUUCUGCGUGCUUGUAAAAAAGAACAAUCUGUGCCAGAGGAAAGUGCUGCAGCAACUGUGCUGCAGAACAUGUUCGCUGAAAGGGUGACGGGACAUCCCUCCAGGGGACAUGGGGGGCAGGCAGCCGCGGCGGGGGGCACCCCUCUACCUCAGCCCACUCACUCAGUCACAUAAUUUAUAAGAAAUUCUGUGCCUCUAAAGAGACUGUGUCAGAGGUGCGAUGACAGAACUACAACAAACCUACCUUUUUUUCUGUACUGGGACAUUUGGUCAGGGCGACAGUAGCAACUGGGACUUACAAAAAAAACAAAACAAAAAAAUGUGUCGGUAUUUUGUGACCAAAGCAUCGAUGCCAAAAUAAUUGUACCUUUUUCCAGUGUGGGAUGUGUGGCGAGUUGGACGGCCCCCGUGAGUAUGGGUUUACUGGUGUGUUUGCUCCUCCCCAGGAGUGAUGAUGCGCAGGUGACAACUGAUGAACGUGCCAACGCCCGGCUGUGUGUCUGGAAAUAAACGUAAAAGCUCACUCAAUAAUGUGAAAACCACCUGGGUUGAGGAUGCGCGCGCGCACGCACACACAUACACGCGAGGACACAUGCGCACACCCACACAUGCACGUGCAAUCAUGUACACACAUGGCAAGAUUGUGCAAACACUUGAAUUGGCAGGUGUGACAACCAUGUCCCCUUUCUGCCCAUAGCCGUCGAAUGCCACAGGGACUCCUGACUGCUUGAUCUCAGUACGCCCCGAGAAUCCGAGAGAGGCUGCCCGAACGGCGUCCGCUGUGUUUCAGGCAGUGAACAUGGUAGCUUAACAUGGAUAGAAACCCAGCCAGCCUCAAACUUGCCUCCUUGCGUACUCACAUGCUAAUCGAGGGGGAGGGAGAGCUUGACUCUUAUACACAAAUCGUUCCACGAAACGGUUGAGGUCAAAGUGUUAUUGAAGGCAGUCAAUUUAGGAAGGGAUUUACCAUAUAUAUUAAUGGCUUCUCCGUUACAUUGCAAUUGCCGUUUACUUCCUGAACUGACAGCAUCUCAUUUGAAUUGACCUCUAUCUUGUUACACACGCACAAAUAUGAGACCUGUUUAUAAAACACCACAUUAAAUAAAUCCAGGUUGUGUUUAUUAGGCAGAAAACCACAGCAAACGGAGCCAGGGAUGACUACAGAGCCUCAUCUUUUCUGUUACUACAGGGCGGUUUCACAGACAACAAUUAAGCCUAGUCCUUGACUAAAAAAAUCAAGGUCAACGAUCUCCAUUGAGCUAUAUUUUUAUUUCUUUUGUUGCAGGACUAGGUUUAAUCUAUUUAGUCUGUGAAACCGGCCCAAAAUGUUUUGAAGACCCAUAUCUUACUGCUAAAUAAGAGCCAUCUUACAAAAACCGCAGCAUUAUAAGGGCUUUUCCACCACAUGGCAUUCAAAAAGAGGUGGUACUGUGUCUUUUUGAUCAUCAAACAGUUUUUGACAUGUUAGACAUUUCUGGUGGACUUCAGAUUUCAUUCUAUCCCUGCUAGCUGCCACGCGUUACAAACGUGCCAGUGACACCAUAUCCAACGGCAUGCAUUUCAUAAGGAAGGUGCUCAUGAAGCGCCAAAUGGAAGAAACAGACUGUAUUAUGUAUUAAUGUGUUCAAAGGAUUUCCAUUGCGUGUGCCCCAAGUGAACACGACCCGGGUGGGAAGCAUCACGAGAGACUCCAUGACAGUGUAGGUGCUACAAAAUGGUGUCACAGUCUGUCUCUCUGUUUAUCAUGGCUAUGAGAGUCAGCUUUUUGUAGGUGUUGGAAAACAUGUUCAUAAAACCCAUUAUAGAAUGAAUACUGACUGGGUUUUGCGCGCCAUUGAUUCUCAGUGUGUGGGUUUAUACCGUUGAACAAUGACAGUGUUCCUGUAGUUGUGUCGUACUGUUGUUUUUGGUUUAAUUGGAAUAAAGAUUGAUUGAUCCCA